AUGGCUGAGAAUAGUCGCCCUGAGGAUGUUCAAAUUAUCGAACGGCUUCCUAUCCACUGCGCAGACCGUACGUUGGAGGCUGGACUCGGCCCAAACUGGCCAUUAGGCCCCUUCGACCACCUCGUUUUUCCUUCGGUCCCUAUUGAAGUUGUGCUCGUGUACGAAAAUCCACAUGCAAACUUGGCCUCGCCGUCGUCUCCCCACGAGAUUCUUCAACUUCCAAAACUCCAGCAAGCGCUUUCUCGGCUACUCGACUAUUAUCCGCACCUAACAGGUCGUCUCCAGUUCAAUCCUGAUAGCCGAGCGGCCGAAGUCUCUCACAUCGGGACUGGAGCCGAGUUGCUUGUGGCUCAAUGUGCAUUACAGCUGAAGGAUCUCACCACACCGGAUCGUGCGAAUGGUCGUAUCUUGGUGACGAGCUUGCCGGAUUGUGGUAAUGCUUUAACGCCACCUUUUGAUCCUACUAUUGAGGGUAUUUGCCGCGACCCUAUCUUUGCCGUCCAACGUACGCGAUUCUCUUGUGGAGGAGUCGCUCUUGGUAUACGGCUACACCAUAUCGUUUGCGAUGCAUCCGGGUUUUUCCACCUGGUCAAAGAUCUUGCAGAAAUCUAUCGGAAUCUCACUGGCUCCGAGAACCCGGUUCUUCUCUCUGCUCCUGAGAUCCGUUCUUAUCUCCGACAUCCAAAUCUUAUGCCCGAUGAUGAGCAGCAGGAAGCUAUUGAGUUUGAACCGUCCAUUUUCUGCUUGAACGAGAGCAAUGAUGCAGAACAAAGCAACCCAGGCCCGAAAACCGAAGUCUCUGAUACCCCGUCAAAGAUCACCGGAAAAGUUACUGGACGUGUGUUACGCUUUACGGGCUCUCAACUGAAGCAUCUCAAAGACUUGGCAACCGAUCCUGAGGGCGCAAGCUGGGUAUCGACAUUUGAGGCGCUUUCGGCAUAUCUUUAUCAGCAGGUAUAUCGUGCACGAGUGCAUUUAAUGAAGUCCCAUGGGGUACCCUCCUCUGAAAUUGCUUCAUGCUUUUCUCGUGGUUUCUGGGGCUCUAUCGACCUACGUGGACCUACUCGCCUCAACCUUCCAGAGAGAUACUUUCCAAAUGCUGUUGCGCCUCUCAUUCUUUCCGAGUCUUCACACGAAUUGCUCGCUGACGGUCCGCUGUCGCAAGUAGCGGGCGCCCUCCACACUGUUGUAAGAGCGUUCGACCCAAAAAAGAUGGACAAAGAAAUGAAGUGGGUUGCUUUGCAGCCCGACAAAAGUCGAAUCAAGGUUAAAUUCAACUUCAGUGGCGGAAACUUUACCGUCAGUCAAUGGAGCAAGCAUGAUAUGUACACUGGUGUUGAUUUUGAUGCCGAUGAAAAUAAGAGCCCGGUUCACCCUGCUCUUAUCUCUCCGCCACUCACUGAAAUAUCUCGAGUUGAUGGUUUGGCACUUAUCUUGUCGACGGAGGAACAGUUGAGCCGACAUACCAAGCAUGAAGAAUCUCCCGAGCUGCCAUGUUCGAUAGAUGUCAAUUUGACACUCAUGGAGCACCUGUGGCCAAUUCUUGAUGCAGAUGAAGAAUUUCGGCAGUAUUGUUGCUGA